AUGACCAGCACUAGCCCGCUGGAGCUCAACGAGAAUAUGCUGACACGGUCACAGGAGACCUCAUCUCCUAGGCGUCAACGCAGCUAUAGCAAUAGCUCUUGUGAAUCACCACAAAUUGCAGACGCUGAGCAGCUAGCCCCAUCCGAUCUCAGCCAUGCCCAGCAUCUGCUCAUCAGCCGACAGAAGUCGUGGAAGGCCAUGUCAAGAACCCUUCAUACACUCAUGGAGCGCCUCAACCGCGAGCACAGUUACAGCAGCUACCUCAAACUACGCAUCGAUGCGCCACCCUCAACGCCGGACCCGACUAGUUUUCUGACGCCACAAAAAGCACUCGAGCUUGACUUGCAGCUUCAAGAUUACCUCGUGGGUCACCCCUAUCUACCCUCACUAUCGGUACUACAACACCAGCAGAGUCAAAUUCCUACGCGACCUCGAGCCUUGCUAAUUGCUACCACGAUCCUCCUUGGACUAAAAAAUACCGAAGACGAGCUGGCUUCUGCAGAUGUCCGGACUUGGUCAAACUACGUUGAUCGACUCGGAACUCAACUCCUCUUCUCUUCACCGCGAGACGUUCAUCUGGUCAUGGCUUUCGAACUCUUGCUGGCUCACGAGCCUGGACUGGUGGGCACGGCAGCCUCACAGUUUGAAUUCGAAGGUCGAGGGUUUGGUCUCGCUUCUGAAAACCUACUCACUUGCGCGAUCAAGGUGGCCAAGGAGCUCAAGUUGGACGAAUCGCUCUUACUCGACCAGCACACGUCAUCGAGACUCGCACAUCUGAGCUUUUGGUGCUGCUUGAAGACCUGGGAAGCAGUGUACGCGUUUCUCGGGGAAGAUGUCACGAUCCUGCAAGAUUUAAACGACGACUUUGCCGCAGGGGCACGCCAAGCCCUGUUCUGCGUUAGCGACGACGGCAGGUCUCUUCCUUCUCCGCCUCGUCUUCAAGACGCAAAUGGUUCUACUGCUCGCUCCUUUCGCGAGAUGCGCGAAUUCUGCGCAGAGGCCGAGACGCAGCUUGGGAAGGACGGCAUCUUGCGCUCCGCUGGUCGUACGAUGCUAUGCAUGCGUGUCCAAGCCGCCUGUCUUCUCUUUAGCUCUUUGAAGAGGCUGCAGCAAGCGCUCUCAGACUCGCAGCUGUCUUUGGAGCAGAGGCGCGAACGCAUCUUGGAAGUCAGCAAGAAAGUUUACAGCGAGAUCAUGGCGGUGAGAGAUGAUUCUUUCGAGCACCUAGGUUUCUAUGCAGGAAGACGCCUUGUGCGUCUGUGGGAGCAGCUUGUACACACUGAAUGUGCCUUCUUCUCCGCUAUCUACGGGAGCUACGCUACGUCGGCACUUUUUCUGGGCAAGCUUGAUGGCCCCAUCGAGGCACAAGAGCUAGUCCAGUGCAUUCGCUUUGGGCAUAGUCCUGCCCAGUACGUCGUUGAAGCGGGUCGCUGCAGCCUGGACGCCAGUCGAACGCUGCUUGCCACCGUCGCUCAGAUGGACCGCCAACCUCUGUUGCGAGCAAAAGGUCGUUCGCCUAAUUGCAGCUCAUCGAGAUUUCUCUGCCGGCUGCCGACACUGCUUGUCUGCGCCAUGACAGUCCAUGCAGCUCGACGGUGCCUUGAAAGCAUCGCCUUUGUGCUGCUUGCAUGGGCGCAAAACUCGACCGACGCCAUCUCGGACGUGACGCUGAUGGAAGCAGCUGCCCACCAAAUUCGGCAGCAGUCACCGACAAGCUCAAACGAAGAUGCCUACACAAUCGCCAAGGUAUCUGCGGACUACAUUGACGAGAUGAUAGAGACAGCACGACUCUGGCAGGUUUACUAUCGUGUCUAUCGACCGCUUUCCAGUGUCAAGCUUGAUAAGACAUCGGGAUCCGCAGCGGCAGGCAACGAGGUCGAACAUGGACAAGGUCACCAUUCUCACCAAGAAACUACCUCAGCAUCAGCCCAACCUUGUUCGCCGAAUCGAGUCACUGCGAUGGACUUUCUCGCCUCUGCUGCCGAAGCAGCACAGACCUCUACUUCUGAUCUCAGCCUACCUUACGGCGGAGGGGCAGCAACAAAAGAGGCCAUAAUCAGUGACAGGCGUGCUGGAGCCCCCCAAUCAACAGCUUCAUUUGUCUUCCCGAGCGAGGCCUGCGCAGACUUGGCGUGGAAUGCGCAAGGUCCCCACUUCCAGGAGUCCGCUUCCGUUGCUUCAACCGCGCCCACGUCAGUUGGACUGGUGGACGCUGACUUCUACAACGCCUGUCUGCCUUUCGACCUAGAAGCCUUCCUUAAGGAUGUAGAUCAGCUGUUCUGA